AUGCCAAAAAAUCUACAAUCAGAUCAAGGAACGGAAUUUUACAAUACUAAAUUUAAAACUCUAAUGAAAAAACAUAAUAUCAAUCAUUAUAGUACGUUUAGUACAAAGAAAGCUGCAAUUGCAGAAAGAGUUAUUAGAAAGCUCAAAACGAAACUCUAUAAACAUUUCAGCUUAAUUGGGAAAUACAAAUGGAUCGAUAUUUUACCUAAAAUCACAAAGGAAUACAACAACACGAAACAUAAUAAAAUUGGAUACAAACCGUCAGAGGUGAAUCAAAGUAACGAAAAAUUGAUUUUAAAUAAGAAAUUCAGUUAUUUGAAAAUCGCCGGACCUAGAAAGUUAAAUGUAGGAGAUAUUGUGCGAAUAAGUAAAGCGAAACAUGCUUUUGAAAAAGGUUACACUCCCAAUUUUACAACUGAAUUAUUCAAAAUUACGAAAGUGAAAAUAACGAAUCCUGUAACGUAUUUAAUAGAAGAUAUGAAUGGAUCACCUAUCAGAGGUUGUUUCUAUGAAGAGGAAUUACAAAAAACCAAAAAUCCCAACAUUUAUCUCGUUGAAAAAGUAUUGAAGAGGAAUCGUAAUAGAAUUUACGUCAAAUGGUUAGGUUUAGAUAAAAAACAUAACGGUUGGAUAUACACUGAUGAUUUGGUAUAG